GGAAAAUACAAAGAGAAGUGAUCUCAAAUUAUCAAAUUACAAGUUUGUUUUCGGCUGCUUGUGAUGCGGCAAAAUUUCCUUUCAUAAUCCUCUGUUCGUCUCAAAACCUACAAGCAGCGGGCGAACCGUCGAUGUGCAGUCCCAGACCCAGCAACUAGACAUUUUCGGAUUGCAAACUAGAAGCCUUACAUUGACAAAAGUAACAAGACACCUGGUAAUUCAAUUACACGAAUGAAUGAAGAUAUCAGUAUACGAUUCAUUUCUACUCAGUUUUCGUUGCGGGGUUUACAGGAAAAAACACUCGAGUUCGAUCAACGCCAACCUUACGACCUGGUUCAACAAAUAUGUUGACCAAACAAGCGUCUCAUCAUGGAACACAGUCAUUGCUGAUUUCGCUCGAAGCGGCGAUUCCGUUGAAGCUCUUCGAGCCUUCUCGUCCAUCCGAAAGCUCGCUCUGCACCCGAAUCGUUCUACCUUCCCAUGUGCCGUUAAAUCCUGCUCCGCCCUUUUUGAUCUUCACGCGGGCAAGCAAAUUCAUCAACAAGCUUUAAUCUUUGGCUUUGAAUCGGACCUUUUUGUGUCCUCCUCUCUCAUUGACAUGUACUCCAAGUGCGGCGAGUUGAAGGAUGCAAGAACACUGUUUGAUGAAAUUCCCAUGAGAAACGUGGUCUCUUGGACGUCCAUGAUUGUUGGUUACGUCCAAAAUGACAAUGCCCACGAAGCAAUAUGCUUGUUUAAAGAAUUACUGGUUGAAAAGAGAGAGAAUGUGGUGGACCAAGAAGUUUUGGUUGAUUCGAUCGCUGUGGCUUCGGUUUUAUCAGCUUGUUCUCGGGUAGGCUCGAAGAGAAUGACCGAAGUGGCUCAUGGCUUAGUGAUAAAAUGGGGCUUUGUGGGGUAUUCAGGGAUCUGCAAUACUUUGAUGGAUGCAUAUGCCAAAUGCGGCGAGCUAGAUAUGUCGAGGCAAGUGUUUGACGGGAUGGGUGAAAAGGAUGCUGUUUCUUGGAACUCUAUGAUUGCUGAAUAUGCACGAAAUGGAUUGUCUGACGAGGCAUUGCAAAUUUUUAGUGACAUGGUAAAACGCGGCAAUGUCAUCUACAACGCUGUGACAUUAUCUGCUGUAUUGCUAGCCUGUGCACAUUCAGGAUCUCUACGAGUCGGGAAGUGCAUGCAUGAUCAGGUAAUAAAGAUGGCUUUGGAAGACGAUGUGUUUGUAGGUACCUCUAUUAUUGACAUGUAUUGCAAAUGUGGGAGGGUUGAUAUGGCUAGGAAGGCAUUUGAUCGCAUGAGAGAGAAGAAUAUUAAGUCAUGGACUGCUAUGAUCACUGGUUAUGGAAUGCAUGGCUAUGGGAAAGAUGCCAUGGAAGUCUUCUACAAGAUGAUAAGGUCUGGAGUCAAACCAAAUUACGUUACUUUUGUGUCAGUGUUGACUGCUUGCAGCCACGCUGGUCUUUUGGAAGAAGGCUGGCAUUGGUUUAAUAGAAUGUACCAUGACUUUAAUGUUUCACCUGGGAUUGAGCAUUACUCAUGCAUGGUUGAUCUCCUUGGGCGGGCUGGUUAUCUUAAUGAGGCCUAUGGUUUGAUAAAGGAAAUGAAGGUGAGGCCUGAUUUUAUAAUCUGGGGUUCCCUUCUUGGAGCUUGCAGGAUUCACAAGAACGUAGAGCUAGGGGAGAUCUCUGCAAGAAAAUUAUUUGAGUUAGACUCAAGUAAUUGUGGGUACUUCGUGCUACUCUCCAAUAUUUAUGCUGAUGCUGGAAGGUGGGAAGAUGUUGAGAGGAUGAGAAUAAUCAUGAAGAGAUAUGGAUUACUUAAAACCCCUGGGUUCAGUCUAGUUGAACUUCAAGGUAGGGUACAUGUAUUUUUAGUUGGGGACAAAGAGCAUCCUCAGCAUAAGAAGCUUUAUGAAUAUUUGGACAAACUGAAUAUAAAGCUGCGAGAAUUAGGCUAUGUACCAAAUGUAACGUCAGUUCUUCAUGAUGUAGAUGAAGAAGAGAAAGGAAUGGUUCUAAGAGUUCACAGUGAGAAACUAGCUGUUGCCUUCGGAAUCAUAAAUUCAGUUCCUGGUACAGCAAUCCAGGUGAUAAAAAACCUUCGGGUUUGCAGUGACUGCCAUACUGUAAUUAAGUUGAUCUCCAAAAUAGUCAAUAGGGAAAUUGUGGUAAGAGAUGCUAAGCGAUUUCAUCAUUUUAAGGAUGGGCUAUGUUCAUGUGGAGAUUACUGGUGACUGAUAAUGAAGGGAAUAGGAAUAUUUGCUGUUGUUUCUCUCCAUCAUCGACGCUUGAACAGAAGCAUAGUGCAGAUGCCUUUAUAUUUACUUCGUAAUGGCACUCAUCUAAAUUGCAAAGACCAAUCAAUUUGUUAAGGACUGGUCGGAGAAUCAGAUGCUUUGAAUAACCGUGGUUUUAAAGCUAGUUUUUCCAGAUGGCUGGCUUCCAAUUCAUAGAUAUAUAACUAUAAGGUCUUGGUACCAAUGAUACAUUGCGUGUAUGUGUAACUAAGUACAGGGUCUUCCAAAGGGUAGAAUUUUAUUGCUAACUCGUCAUUCAUUUAUGUUGAAAUCAUCGCCAAAAACCAGAAAAUUUUGUAGUAAACUAUAAUGCCCUCAAUACCACGAAUGGUUAUUUGCUUGUGGGAAAAUUGGUGAAGUUCUUCUAGAAUAUAUCAUAACCAUUUUGUUGCUUGGAACAAGAUAUCAUGGAGAACAGCCUCUGAAGAGCUUGCUCACCGAUAUUCCUCCACGUCUUGAAGUCUGUGGUUGGUCAUGUUCUGAAUCAGCGUUUGAGUAUCUGGAAGAAAUCUGAAGGACCUCGUUCUCGCGUUUCAAUGCUUCAAUCUCUAAUUGGAGCUUUUUAAUGGUUUCCCUCUUCUCAUCAUUUCUUCUCACCAACUCUACCAGCUGUUGCAGAUUAUCCUCUACAAGUUGUGUAAUUUGAAAAUCUAGGCCGGACCAUAUUUUGCCAAAUCUGCAACGACUCAUUGAUGGAUCGUCAAUCGUUUGACUUGAUUCGAGGCCCUCAAUCUCCGUAAGGAAGUUUUCGUUGGUGGAAGAAUCGGUCAUUAUUUCUUCUUCUAGAGUGCCUUUGCAUUCUAAUCCUGCUUUACAGAUCACGCUGCUUGGCUUAACAGCUGAUAUCAGUCCAUGAACACCUUCUAGCCUUUUCAUUUGCCCAUAAUUAAGGUCUGUACCAUCAAAUUUUAUAUCAGGACCUUUGACGAUAGAUUUUAGAUGACAUUUGAAGCCAUCCUCGAGGUUUCGGCCUCGUAUGUUGCUUGUUGCUUUUUCAUUGCAGCUAGCACAGAGGGUUAUUUUUUUAUUAGAAAAUGAAGAGGACUCUGAAUGAGAAGUAUUGGAUGUUUCAGACUUCAA